CGCCAACCGCACUCUCCUCCACACAUCACCUCUCUAGACCCAACUUCUACCUACAACCAUGCAGAUUUUCGUAAAGACCCUCACCGGGAAGACCAUCACCCUUGAGGUUGAGUCCUCCGAUACCAUCGACAAUGUCAAGGCCAAGAUCCAAGACAAGGAGGGAAUUCCUCCCGACCAGCAGCGUUUGAUCUUCGCUGGCAAGCAGCUCGAGGACGGGCGUACCCUCUCCGACUACAACAUCCAGAAAGAGUCCACUCUUCACCUUGUCCUCCGUCUGCGUGGCGGUAUGCAAAUCUUCGUCAAGACUCUCACCGGCAAGACUAUCACCCUGGAGGUCGAGUCUUCGGACACGAUCGACAACGUGAAGGCCAAGAUCCAGGAUAAGGAAGGCAUCCCCCCGGACCAGCAACGCUUGAUCUUCGCUGGCAAGCAACUCGAGGACGGGCGUACUCUCUCCGACUACAACAUCCAGAAAGAGUCCACUCUUCACCUUGUCCUCCGUCUGCGUGGCGGUAUGCAGAUCUUCGUCAAGACCCUCACCGGCAAGACGAUCACCUUAGAGGUUGAGUCCUCGGACACGAUCGACAACGUGAAGGCGAAGAUUCAGGAUAAGGAGGGUAUCCCCCCUGAUCAGCAGCGCUUGAUUUUCGCUGGAAAGCAGCUCGAGGAUGGUCGGACCUUGUCCGACUACAACAUUCAGAAGGAAUCUACUCUUCACCUCGUCCUCCGUCUGCGCGGCGGUAUGCAGAUCUUCGUUAAGACACUCACCGGCAAGACCAUCACGUUGGAAGUGGAAUCCUCGGAUACUAUCGACAACGUGAAAGCGAAGAUCCAAGACAAGGAGGGGAUUCCCCCUGACCAACAACGCCUUAUCUUCGCCGGCAAGCAGCUCGAGGACGGUCGAACCCUUUCUGAUUACAACAUCCAGAAGGAGUCGACCCUCCAUCUCGUCCUCCGUCUGCGUGGUGGCUGUUGAUUGUGUAGCAUUCUCACAUGGUGUCGGAGCACGGAUGUAGUUUAUAACGUUCAUCAUGAAUAUUAUCUUGUCGAGCACUGCGUUGUGCAUGGUUAGCAAUGCU